AUGCCUCCGAAAUCAUCAGCCAUAGCUGGUAUCCAACAAAACAACCCGAACGCAAAUCCUCUGUUGAGCUCGAGUGCCCCACCUACAGCGCAGCUUGCAGCAGCUGCUUUGUUAAGUGCCGGCGAUAUCGAUCUGCAAAACUACACGGCAACUCCUGGCCAUCUCCCAGCACUGAACGACGAUGGUAUUUACAACACGCAGUUGACACGGCUUGGCCCAAUUCCCUCAAGGGCGAAGGACAAAUUUCUCAUCAUGAGCAACUACGUGAAGAUCACAACUCUGCCGAAGGAGUUAUGGGCCUACUCACUCAAGUUCUGGCGUCGCCAUCCGCAAGACAGCUCCAAAGUGAUCGAAUUUAACAAGAAGCGCGAGAUCAGCGGCGCAUUCGACGCAUUGUUACGCAGCGGCGUUGUUAUCCUGAACCAACAGCAGAAGAACUGGGCCACGAACUUCAAAGAGCUAUGGACCAGUGCUCGACUAGCUGAGCACUCUGAAGGGCAAGACGAAUGGGAUAGUCCAACGUUCACAUACAUGCAGCUCAACGGUAAGAUCAUCAACGAUAUGCGGGUUACGACUACUUUCAGUAAAACGUUGGAAGACAUCGACAAAGAUAUGAAUGAAAAACACAUCAUGGACCUAUCCGACCACAUUCGCGCCUUGAACGCCCAUGUUUCGCAAUCUGCUCUCGCAAGUGACCGCACAGGACGGCUCACCCAAGUUGGUGCGAACAAGUUUUACAUCAAAGGUAGCUACACGCAACUAAACCCGAAGACUCCUGAUGGGUUGCUGGCACUGCGCGGUUACUACAAGUCCGUUCGUCCAGCAGAAGCAGGAGCUCUCCUCAACAUGAAUACCGCGACUUCGGCCUUCCUUCCUGCUAUCACGUCGAUAAUCCGCAUCGCCUACCGCAGGAAAAAGAACGAUGAGAAAGACAUGAACUGCGAGGAAGCACGUUGUAAGGUAUUUCAACAAUUCGGUCUCAAAGCGGAUCAACAGAUAUUCUACAAGGUGCUCGAAAAGGAUAAGAAAUACAAGAAGAGCGAGCGACAGACGGACCCUAAAGAUCCCGGUCGUACUGUUGAGCACUAUCUUACGAACGAGGCCUUGGUCGACCUGGCAUCAUUUACUGGAAACGAUCUCCUGUGCGUGAACGUCGGCAAGAGGGUAAAGAGGAUAGCUGGAACGAACCAAGCGGACCCAACAGAGAUGCGCCAGCAGACUCUCGAUGGAGCAGUAUGGAUCCCAGCCUGUCUUUUGGAGAUUCUACCCAAUCAAGCGGUACAUGGUCUGCUCUCAGCGAACGACACUGCGGAGAUGAUCAAACAAGCCGUACGACUUCCGGCAGCCAACGCUGGCAGAAUCGUGCAAGACGGACUGGAGAUCUUGGGUGCUAAGUCACGUACAAAUCAGCUCCAGAACAACCAACUGAUCCAUAUGGGACUCAAACUAGAUGAUAAGCUGAUCUCGUUUGCAGCGAAGUCUCUGCCCAUGCCACCAGUAUGGUACCACCCACCAACUGAUGAGUUGGGCAAAGUCGACCCUAAAUUCGACCCAGAUCUACUGCUAGUAAAGACGAUCGGCAACACUGCAUCCUGGAAUCUUCGAGAGAUCGCGUUCGCGCAUGCACCAGGGAUGAAGAAACUCCACGUUCUUGGUCUUAACGGAUGUAUUCAGGAUUGGCAGAUAGCUCCUUUCAAUAACGAGAAGGUCGCCAACAAUAAAAGAGAUGCGGCGCUUUUAAACCUACAAACCGAGCUUCUAUCGAAAAUAUGGUGCUCGAAAAUGCCUGGUGAGCCGGGUCGGUUACAACGCUUAACGGUUAACCUAGUAGACACGCAUCUGGACGGCUUUUUCAAACAAGGUAGUCUGUACGACUGCACUCUUGUCCUAUUAAAAGAGAAAGACCUCGAUAUUUUCGCCAGAAUCAAACGUGAAGCCGACCUGCAAUACGGACAGCACACCGUCUGUGCUGUUGGUAGCAAAACCAAAGCCGCUAAACCGACAAACGCCAAUGCACGUUCGCAGUAUCUGGCCAACCUUACAUUGAAGAUGAACAUGAAAAUGGAAGGUGACAACCACUUUCCGGAUCAAAUUUCACUGAACAGAAUUAUGGGGGAGGAGAGACAUCGUACACUUAUCUUGGGGGCUGAUGUGACCCAUCCCACAGUCGGAAGCAAGCUAGGUUACCCAAGCAUCGCAUGUGUGGUCGGAAGCGUUGACAACACCUUUAUGAGUUACCCAGGCUCGAUGAGGCUCCAGGCUGGAGAACAAGAACAAAUCGACGACGAGCACAUGUGCAGCAUGGUCCAAGAGCGUUUACUGGCCUGGAAAGCAAAGAACACCAACGCAUCGGGUGAGCAAGUCCUGCCGACUUCUGUCUUAUUCUAUCGCGAUGGUGUAUCUAAGAGCCAAUUCAACAUCUGUGUUGAGCAAGAGAUCCCUCAAAUUCGCGAAGCGUACCGACGGCUCGGCGGCGACGUCGUACAGCUCAAGAUUACGUUCAUCAUCGUCGGUAAACGCCAUCACACUCGCUUCUUCCCUACGCAUGCCAGCCAGUCCUACAAUUAUACCAAGCAGACGUGGGACCCCGUGACUAAAGAGAUCACGUACCACGGGAAGCGUACCAAUGGAAAUCUCAAACCAGGUCUACUGGUAGACAGCGUUGUCACAAACCCAGCACAGUACAAUUUCUUCCCGCAGUCUCAUGUCGCAGUUCAGGGUACUGCACGCCCAGCGCACUACCACGUUCUUGUUGACGAGAUGGGUCUCGGUAAAGGCAUCCCAGAGCUCACUCUGAUACUUUGCACCACUUUCGGUCGCGCCACAAAGGUCGUGUCAUACGCUGUGCCUGCCUAUAUCGCCGACAGAUUAUGCGAACGCGGUCGAGUGUAUCUGCGCCCGUGGGCGAAUAAUAACAUGGGGCCCACUUGGUCUUCGUCCGAUCUCGAGAACCUGAAUGGGACGCCGUUUACGAAGGAUCAGCUCAAGCAGUGGCGCAAGGAGAAAGCCUUAGAGCUGGCCCGGAAUUCCACAGUCUGGGGCAAAUACCAAGAUGCCCCCGGUCGAGAGCGCUUGAACCCCUGGCACAAGGACUUUGACAAAUGUAUGUUCUGGCUAUAA